AUGCUAACUUUAGAGCAAAAACAGAUCAAUGAACUUCUCUUGCAUCCAUAUCUCCUUACACUCACCACCUUAAUACUCUCACUUUCACUGUAUUUUCUCCUCAUCAGAAAAUGGCUACACGAAAACCCGAGUAAUAAUAACAACAAAAACUUGCCUCCUUCACCACCAAAAUUGCUAAUCUUGGGCAACCUUCACCAGCUAAGCUUACUAACCCACCGCUCUCUCAAAUCCUUGGGCUCGAAACACGGCCCGUUAAUGCUCCUCCACUUCGGCAGCAAGCCCGUGAUCAUACUCCAGUCGGCCCGUGCAGCUAGCGAGAUCAUGAAAACGCAUGAUCUGGAAUUUGCCGACAAGCCCAACUCGAGAACAACUAAGAGAAUCUUUUACAACAUGAAGGAUAUAUCGGUGGCUCCUUACGGAGAGCAUUGGAGAAAACUGAAGAGCGUUUGUAUCGUGCAUCUGCUGAGCGGCAAAAGGGUCCAAGAAUUUAAUUUCAUUAGGGAACAAGAAACGGCCCGUCUGAUGGAAAAGAUCGGUUCGGCUCGUUUUUCGGUUGUUAAUCUGAGUGAAAUGAUUAUGUCGUUGACGAACAAUGUGAUUUGCCGUGCGGCUUUCGGGAGGAGAUACGGUGAGGAGGAAGAUGGUAGGAAGUUUUUGGUGCUGCUUAGGGAGGUUAUGGAGAUAUUGGGAAGUGUUAGUGUGGGGGACUUUAUUCCUUGUCUUAAAUGGGUUAAUUGGGUUAGUGGGUUUGAGAGAAAAUUGGAAAGAGUUGUGAGGGAUCAGGGAAGUUGA